ACAAUUAUGUGACUUUGACAGCUUGACUUACUUCAACCUUUUUAACCUAAAAAAUUAUAUUUUCUAUUAAAUACGUAUUUUUGAAAAAAAAAAAAUGUCUAAUAAAAACCUUUUCAUGAAAUCUGCGUUUGUACGUGCGCCUCUACAGAAUGGUGUCGGUCGCUACGUCUGUCAAUUACAACGGAUUGUGCUCAAAUUCUGCAAAACCCAUGGUGGCAGCCGCGGUAUUAGAGAUUUCAUAGAACAAGAUUUAGUGGACUUUUCGAGACAAAAUCCCGGUACGGUGGUGUACCUUAAACCUCGCAGGCACAGAAGUCCGGUUCUAGUUGCUGAAUACUUAAAUGGUGACAGAGUAUGGAUGAGCGUACACAACAAAACGCACUCAGAAAUAACAAAGUGGAUGGAAGUACUACGCACCCAACAGGGAGACAUUGCCGGGGCUCGUCUCAGGAAAUACCAGUACACAGAUUACCCCUCUGUCCAGGGUCCCUGGACCCCGUUCACUUUCAAAGAUCCGGAGUUAAAUGUAGCUACACUACCAGACCCCAAAUUUGGUGCUAAUAACAGAUUGUCAGUGACGGCAACAGAAAAAUUAAGAAUUAUGUUUGAGAAGCAGAGAAUUAGCGACAAAGACGUGCAUACGGGGGAAUAAGCUAGUUAUUAUAUUGUAACAAUCAAAUAGGCUUCUAUCAUUUGUUCAUACAAGCCUAAACAAGCUUAUAUUAAUAAUGAAAUUCAAACAUUGUAAUGAAAUCUGUUGAUGUCAGUUCUGGCACACUGUAAAUAGUAGUAGUUUGUUGUGUUAGCUUUGUAAUAUUAAUGUUAUGUUAGAUUAUAAUAAAAAUAUUGAAUAAA